CACCCUACUCAGUACUAACAAAUAUUAUUAACUACGUUUUUCAUGCUUCAUCAUCCAUCUCCCCUGCUAAAGAUACCAAUCCCCAAAUAUACAUAAAAACCAGAGUAUUCCCGUAUAGCUUUAGCAAGAACAAAACUAUGAAGAACAGAAAAAGCUCUGAAGCUGAAGCUUCAGCUGGUGCUGCUGGCAAGAAGCACUACAAGUUGUGGAUAUUAUCUGCAAUUGUCCUUGUAGCUGUUUGGUUCAUGUUCACUGGCUCCCUCACCCUCAGAUGGUCUUCUUCUAGCUAUAAUGACUUCGAUCCUGCAAAUUUCGACGAUCUCGAUGUGCUGGAAGUGGAGGAGAGAGAGAAGGUGGUGAGGCAGAUGUGGGACGUGUACAGUCGCAGGCACAGUACGAGGAAGUUACCUCGGUUUUGGUCGGAGGCUUUUCAGGCUGGUUACGAGCAUUUGGUGAGUGAUAUUCCCGCCAUUCGAGAUGCUGCAGUUUCAGAAAUUGCAAAGAUGUCCUUAAAACAACUUCCUAUUCAACUUCAAUCUCACUCGCAUGUGCAGAGCCCCGAGGGAUCAAGAAAAAUUAAGGAAGCAGAAGGGAGUGAUAAGAUGCAUAAUGAAAGUUGAGUGUGAUCAACUUGGUGUAGAGGUAUCAACAGAGUGAACUGUGAAGCCGUUCCAUUUCCAAGGGCUUGAAUAUCAAAGUAUAGUAUCUCCUAAUUGGUUGUUCCAACUUUGAAUAUCGUUACUCAGGGCAAUUGUACUUCCAAUCAUUACUAUACAAAAAUUCUGACUUGCACAAAUUGAAACUGAACAUUAUUGAUGAACAAACUCUGCGCAGAUAUCAAAUAUCUUCCAAUAAACAAAUAAAUUAAACAAAAAGAAUAUUGAUUUUUUUUUGUUUCGAAAAAAGAAUAUUGAAUUAUUGGUCGACAUUAAGAAAAUUCU